UAUUCGGUAUCUCUAAAGGCAAUUAUCAAAUUACAGAAUCUCUCCGUUAGGGGUCACUGAGGAUGCUAGUGACAUUAAAACACGACAUCUUUUAUGAUGUAUAAAAAGGCUGGAAGAUCCUGUGACGAAAAAAUUCCCGACUUUUGAUAUGUCGAAAUGGCAAAGGUUCGUGAGGAGUGGUGCAGUAAGAAACCAUUGGCUAGCGAAGAGAAGUGUUUACUUGCAAUUAGGUUAUCUUUUAUCGUUUAAUUGUGUCACUUUGGUAUUUUUUUAAAAAUAUUGCAAUCGUCAAACGUUGUUCAUUAUAAGCAAUUGCUGUAUGCACUAUUAGUAAUCAUCACUAUUUACUUUAGUAUUAUAUAUAAUGCAUUUAUCAAUAACAGUAUAAUUCCAUGUAUUGUUUAUAAACGCUAUACACGUUCAUAAUUAAAAAAAAAAAAUCUUUGGCAUAUCCUAAAUACAUUUUUUUGUUAUCCAAACCAAAAUGCUGAGGGCUAGAAGGUUUAUGCGAAAGUCAACGUCUCCAUAUGCGGCUUCGAGUCCAACAUCAAGACAAGGAAGAAAUAGGACCUCCGGUGCAUCGUCUACAUUGCCACCUCAAAGUGCUGCCACUGAGGAACCACCUGCACUGCCCCCAGGGGACCCGUUUACACCUGCUCAAGGCAAUGUCUUGCCCCAGAUUCGUCAAAACAACAAUCCACCAGUAGUUUCAGUGCCUAGUAUAACCUCGGCCCUCAUGCUAGGUAUAAAUAUCAGCAGCUUCACAAGAGAUCAUUCAACCAAGAUGAAUGCUCUAACACUGGUUUGUGUUGCCCUCUGUCUGACCUUCGUUCUUGGCACUGGCCAUCGCCGCCCUACAGAGGCUAACGAUGGAGGUUCCAGACCCGUAUACCCGUCGUCCCGCGGACAGGGAAACAACGGACACCACUUGUCUUCAUCCUAUCCUGCUCCAUGCACAUUUGGACGUCAACUGGAUCAAAAUGGUUAUUGUUACAGGACACUGUAUCCCGGGCAACAGUCUUCUUGUAUAUCGGGAUUCUACUGCAACAUUGAUUACCCAGGUCAACCUGGAGUAUGCUUUUUAGCUAACAACCCGUGUGACUCUGAGAGUCCAUACCGACGUAACGAUGAUGCCAUUAGCUGUGACACACAAAGCUGUCCCCGCAGAUUCAGAUGUAAUAGAGGAUAUGGAUACGCUAUUUGCUGCCGAAGUUUUGACCACAUAAGCUUUGAAUGACUUUAUUAUUUUUUUUAAUAAAUAUUCGUGGUUUCUUACAAAUUAAA